UCACAGAGUGACAUCUAGCUAGUACGAGUACGACACAGAGUAGGGUGGCCAUAGAGAAACGAGAGCUAAGCAAGGUAGGAAUAGGAUCAAUGGGGUUGAGCAGGGCAGCAAUGUUGGGGGUGAUAGUCCUAGUUGCGGCGCUGAUGUUCCCGAUGCCUAAAGCCGACGGCCCGUCCUAUGACUUCCACGAUGAGUCGUGCCCCAAACUGCGGCAGAUGGUGCACGACUCCGUGGAGGAGGCGCUGAAGGAGGACGUCGGCAUCGCCGCCGGUCUCCUCCGCAUCAUGUUCCACGACUGCUUCCCGCAAGGCUGCGACGCUUCGCUUCUAGUCCAUGGAAGGUACUGGAGCGAGACGAGCUGGCCCCAGAACAAGGGGAUAAGGCCAACCGCCAUGGCUCUCAUCGACACCAUCCGCGCUAAGGUGCAGAGCCCAGACGCGUGCGGUCCCACCGUCUCCUGCACCGACAUCAUGAACCUCGCCACCCGCGAGGCCGUGAUGCACUUCAACGUGCCAGGCUACGCUGUGCCGCUCGGUUUGAAAGACAGCCUAGCCCCCGCUGACCUCGCCAGAAUCUGGGAGUUGCCGGGGCCCGACUUGAGCGCCGCCGAGCUGCUCCAGAGGUUCGCGACCCGCGGCUUUGACGUCGCCGACGUGGUGGUGCUCUCUGGGGCGCACACCAUCGGAAGGUCCAGCUGCGGCGGCUUCCAGGACCGCUUCCAGGAGAGCACUGGCUUCGCUCGCCGGCUCCGCGCCAACUGCAGCAGCGACGCCAACCGGCUGCAGGACCUCGACGUGACCACCCCGGACAGGUUCGACAAUGAGUACUACCACAACCUGCUGGCCGGGAAGGGGGUGCUCACCUCCGACCUGCAGCUCCUCCGCAACCACACCACCCGCUGGUGGGUCAACAACUUUGCGCAGGACCAAGGGUGGUUCUUUGCGCAGUUCGGUACCUCCAUGAGCAAGAUGGCGCAUUUGCCCAGUAGUGAAGCCGCACAGUAUGGCGAGAUCCGCAACUACAGUUGCUUCUGGUCCAACCAGCGAUGGCUCACCGCCUCUGCUUGAGAUCCCACCGAUUAUGACGCCACGCCCGUGCAUGUUUGUUUCCCUGCGAGCUUAGCUAGUAGCUAGCUACGACUAGGACAUCCUGUGGCUUUUGUGUGCUUCAUUUCGGUUGAUCCGGGCUGACUGCAGCCUUCUUCCUCUCGUUUUUGUCAACUUUCAGCAAAUGUCUGUUUCCUGUCGGUACUUCCCUUGUCAUAAUAAAAUUUCUGGUUUCAA